UAAGCACUUUUCUGCUGAACUGAACUGGAGCCCUAGCCUUACUGUCUUAGGGAAGAAAGUCAGCCCUCUGCAUUCCUUUCGUGAGCCUCAGAACUGCCUCGGGAACUGAGAGGGCCCAGCAGCCAUGGCGGUGGAAGGAGGAAUGAAGUGUGUCAAGUUCUUGCUCUACGUUCUUCUGCUGGCCUUCUGCGCCUGUGCCGUCGGAUUGAUCGCCAUUGGUGUAGCAGCUCAGGUUUUCUUGAAUCAGACCAUCAGCCAGGAGACCACGCCAGCCUCCCUGUUGCCUGUGGUCAUCAUUGCAGUGGGCGUCUUCCUCUUCCUGGUGGCCUUUGUGGGCUGCUGUGGGGCCUGCAAGGAGAACUCCUGUCUUAUGAUCACAUUCGCCAUCUUCCUGUCUCUCAUUGUGCUUGUGGAGGUGGCUGUGGCCAUCGCUGGCUAUGUGUUCAGAGACAAGGUGGAGUCAGAAUUCAGUAAGAGCUUCCAGAAGCAGAUGCAGAAUUACCUGAGCAACAACAAAACGGCCUUGGUUCUGGACCGGUGGCAGGAGCAAUUUAACUGCUGUGGGGCUAACAACUACACAGACUGGGAGACUGUCCCUGGGAUGGCCAAGGACCGAGUCCCUGAUUCUUGCUGCGUCAACGUCACUGUGGGCUGUGGGACUGACUUCAAGUUAUCCACGAUCCAUACUCAGGGUUGUGUCCAGAGCAUGGGGGCCAAGCUGAGGAAGAAUAUAUUGGUGGUGGCUGCAGCAGCCCUGGGCAUUGCUUUUGUGGAGGUCCUGGGGAUCAUCUUCUCCUGCUGUCUGGUGAAAAGUAUCCGAAGUGGCUAUGAAGUAAUGUAGGGGGGUGGUCUGGUCUCUUCUGUCUUUUCAUCUAAGGGAGUGAAUCCUCCAGGUUUUUCAAUUAAACGGAUUAUUUUUUCAGACCUGAAAA